UUGCGACAUCGCGGCCAAUUUAUUUUAUUCUGGAGGCGGCUUUUCCGGCGUAUUCAAAUCGGGUACCAUAUCGAAAUGUCUAUGAAUCAAAGUCAUUCCGCAAACGGCAAUGGUGUCAUUCUGUUUUAUGGAGAAAGGAUGUUAAUUUAUUACGAUGGGUGUCAUGUAGAACUCGAGGGUCAGUUUCUCAAGUUUUCACAUAUGGGACGUUUGUACCUGACUUCACAUAGAGUGAUUUUUAUCAACAAAAAAGCGUCAUCAGGCGUACUAUCAUUCAGUAUGCCAUUUGUUAAUAUGAAAGAGGUUGACAUUAAACAACCUGUGUUUGGUGCGAAUCGCGUAGAAGGCAUAAUUACGGCUGAACCGAAUGGUGGCUGGCAGGGUGAAGCGAAAUUCUCACUAACAUUCAAAAAAGGUGGUGCAAUUGAAUUUGGCACAACAUUAAUCGAACUAGGCAGACGUGCAUGUUCUGCAAAACAACAUUUCAAACCGCCAAAUGCAUAUUCAUCUGUAGCAGAUAUGAAUGGUGCAGGUCAGUAUUAUGCUUGUCCACCACCAGCUUAUUCCGCACCUUACAAUGAUCCAUACUAUGGAUUUGUACGACCACAUGAAGCAUUCACUGUACCUCAAGCAGAAACACUCUACCAAGUCAGAGCACCACCUCCAUAUCCUGGUGCAACACCUACCACAAUGGCUAAUGAUUUUGGACCUACUGGUACAAGUCAGUACACAACACCUUAUCCUACUACCUCGACAACUAUAGGAGGGAAUGCACCAUAUCCAGUUACCAACUCAAAAUAUGAAUCUAAAUCGAAUGAAGCUGUUGCUUUCAAUGGUCCUGCCAAUGUUGUAAGUGGAGGUUACUACUUUCCAGAAGAUCCUUUUAGUGUAUAUGUACAACCUAGUGCUCCAAAUUAUCCAGGCAACCCCCCAUCUUAUCCGGGUAAUACUCAAGAUAAUCAUAAUCAACCACCUCCCUAUCCAACUGAAAACUACAGCCAGCAACAAAACGCUUCUAAGAAAAAUCAGUAGUUAAGCUUGAUUUUAUUUACCUCAUCUUUUUAUAUUGGGGCAAAUGAUAUCAUCUGGUCAUUAUUGAGGAAUUGUGCUAAUAUGUCUGUCAUAUUUUUCAACAGUUUUCUGAUUCAUAUUAACAAUUCGGCAUAAUGUGAUGGUUACUUUCUUUUCGAUUCUUAUUUGAACUCAAUUAUUUUUUGAUUCACAUAGAAACAUCGUUUUGGUUGUUUUCUUCUCGCUUAAAUAAAUUAUCUGAUACCUUGAA